CGCACGCAGACGGACACGGCGCACGGAUAAAAUCAAAUAAAAACCGUAACACGCAGCACAGUGUUUUUUGUGUGAUAGCUUGAAACUCCAUAAACCCAAUUUUGCAAAAACCGUAGCGAAACGUGCGCCUGCGAGUGAGUUAGUGAGUGAGUGAAAUCAUAGUAAAUGCAAAGCGGCUCAAUUAACUGUAAAAAGCAGCUUCAGCAAGAACAAACUAUGAGGUGUGAAGAGUAGAAGAGUGAAAGAGAGAGUGAACGAGAAAGAGAGCGAGAUAGACGAGCGCAAACAAUUUGUUGAAUACUGUAGCGUUCGCACUAGCGACCGAAAGAAAGCAAAAGUGAAGAAUAUCACACAAACACACACACAGACUCAGGCACACACACAGAUACGUAGUAAGAACAGUGCUAUGCAUGUAUUUGUGUAACUACUUAAUACAGAUGCAAAUAAAGAAUUUCAAUACACACACGCACAUAGGCAGGCAAAAAAAAGUGUUGCCAACUAAAGUUGAGUGGAAAAAAACCACAGCAAAGCACAGUAACAUUGGCGGCGCAUAAGUUAAAAAGGACAAAGACGAUUAAACAGCUUUGCUCUUGGCGACAGCGGGAGAAGCAGCAGCAGCAGCGGCAGCGGCAGAAGCAGUACGAAAGUGAUGUGUCUGUGUAAAGCUCUGCUGCCUUUCUACUAAUAUUUAGCAAUAUAAUAAACGUGAGCGUUUAUGUGAAUAUUUGGCACAGAGCGCGGAGGCGAGGCGGCGUAGGGGCAACAGCAGGAAACGAUUGACGACAUUGUUGUUGUGCGGCGGACAGCGCGUUUAGUGUAUAAUAUUUGAAAUCAAAGCGAAAGGGUAUGAGCAUGUCGGUGCGGCACUAUCUCAAGCACAAGCUUCACAUGCGCACCACGGCUGUCAAAAUGAAAAUGCCGUCAAUCAGUCGUGCCAGCAGCAUGGAGGAGGCGGUGGAGGAGGAGAGCCAACAGCAGGAAACGGCAGCGGGCCGAGCCAAUUGACGACAAACUCAAGAAGCAAGCAGACUAAGCUAAUCCAAUCGCGUUUUCUACGUAUUUACUUUUACGUUUUCAUUGGUUCCUUGAUGAGCUACAUUAGAGCUAUUCGUGCAGCAAGCGUGCCGCGAUGGCAGGCAAUGCAAAUUCGCCGCAGCCGAGCCAUUUGCAUUAUAAGACUGAUAACAUUAAAGAGAUUUCUACACAUUUUGGCCAUGCCAGCACACAAUCAAAGGCAGCGCAUACAGGAGCUGGGCCAGCAUCAACAAUCGGGGCAUAGGAAACGCCAUUUAUGGCACACACAGGACCCGGCGCAGAUGGCAUCCUGCAGCACGUGGCUGCUGCUGCUGUUGCUGUUGUCCUCCCUCUGGCCGGACUGCGAGUGCCUCCAUGGCGCCAAGCUAAGCUCCAGCACUGUGAAGACCAGGUACGGCCUGCUGCGCGGCAUUGUGGUGCGCUCCUCGCCCCUGGUGGAGGCAUUCCUUGGCAUUCCGUAUGCAUCGCCGCCCGUCGGCAGUCUCAGAUUUAUGCCACCCAUAACGCCAUCGACGUGGAAAACGGCCCGGAACGCGGAUCGAUUCUCGCCCGUCUGCCCGCAGAAUGUGCCCAUACCGCCCAAUGGACCGGAGGCCUUGUUGGAGCUGCCACGCGCUCGUCUCGCCCAGCUGCGACGGCUGCUGCCCUUGCUCAAGAACCAAUCGGAAGACUGCUUAUACCUUAAUAUCUAUGUGCCCUACGAAAUGCAGCGAACCAGACCAGAUAAUGAGUCUGCUAAUGAUACUGCGAGUACCAGUUCCAGCUCCACUUCAAACUCCAGAUCCAGCUCCAGUUCUGGUACCAAUUCAUUGCUCUCUACUGUGCUGUUCAUACACGGCGAGUCCUACGACUGGAACUCCGGCAAUCCCUACGAUGGCUCCGAACUGGCCGCCCAUGGCAACGUCAUCGUCGUAACAAUCAAUUUUCGGCUCGGCAUCUUUGGCUUUCUCAAGACGGGCGGUAAGGAGAGCGCUCAGGGCAACUUCGGUCUGAUGGAUCUGGUCGCCGGCCUGCACUGGCUCAAGGAGAACCUGCCCGCCUUCGGUGGCAAUCCACAGAGCAUCACCCUCCUGGGCUACGGCACCGGAGCCGUGCUGGCCAACAUAUUGGCCGUGUCGCCCGUGGCCAGUGAUCUCAUACAGCGCGCAGUGCUCAUCAGCGGCACCGCCCUCUCGCCCUGGGCCAUACAGAAGAAUCCGCUGUUCGUGAAGCGGCGCGUGGCCGAGCAAACUGGCUGCCAUGGCGAUAUGCUCUACGACGAUCUUGCGCCCUGUUUGCGCACCAAAAGCGUCGCCGAACUACUCUCGGUUAAGAUCGAUCAUCCGCGCUUCCUUGUUGGCUUCGCUCCCUUUGUGGAUGGCACUGUCAUCACGUCCAAAACUGAUGCCAUGUCCAGCACAGCCCUGCCCCUGGGCUCAGCCAUAGUUAGCACUUCAGGAAUUGAAUAUGCCAACUUUCCCAAGCGGGAUCUCAUCUUCUGUUUGACAUCUGUGGAGUCGUAUUUGGAUUUGAGCGCUCAGGAUCUGGAGUUCGGUUUCAAUGAGACGCGUCGAGAUCGCAUUUUGCGAACAUUUGUGCGCAACAAUUUCCAUUACCAUCUGAAUGAGAUAUUUGCGGUGCUCAAGAACGAGUACACGGACUGGGAGAAGGCCAUCAGGAAUCCGUUGAGCGCUCGGGAUGCCACGCUGCAAUUUCUGAGCGAUGGCCAUACGGCGUCGCCCCUCAUCAAGCUCGGCUAUAUGCACAGUUUGCGUGGGGGUCGCACCUACUUUGUGCACUUCAAGCAUCGCACUGUUGAGGAUGAAUAUCCACAGCGAACUGGCUCGGUGCGCGGCGAAGAUGUGCCCUUCUGGCUGGGCUUGCCGGUCUCUCCGCUCUUCCCACACAACUACACCACGCAGGAGCAACAAAUUGGGCGACUGAUGCUGCGCUAUCUGGCCAACUUUGCCAAAACAGGCAAUCCGAAUCAAUCCACUUCUGGCCAAGCUCUGCCAACCGCCAGCCAGAGCCGAGCCACAAUGCAUCCGCAGCGCAAACGCUCAGCGCCGAGGUAUCAAGAUGCACUGGCCACAGGUGAGGCACUCAACCUGGCCGUCAUCUACAAUCAGCGGCGCAGCAAUGCGAUGCAUGAGAAGCGCUCCUUCAUACGACGACGCAUGCGCAGCAACGAUGCCAAUGCAGCCCAGCAGAGUCUCGGCACUGAGCUGGAAACGGGCAACUAUGAUGGCGAUGAGUUGCCCUUCUGGGAUGCCUACGAUGUGGUCAAUCAGCUGUACAUUGAGCUAGGCAAUAAGGCCAACAUUCAGAGUCAUUAUCGUGGCCACAAGCUGUCCAUGUGGCUCAAUCUCAUACCCCAGCUACAUCGGCACUUUAACAUCAACGAUCAGUCGAUGCGGCAUCAUCAGUUCCAGGACGAUCUCAACAAUCGAGAUCUAUAUGAGGGUGUGGUGCGUCCGCAGCUGCAAACGAAGCCAGCGGAAGAUGAUAAUAUCAUAAUUGUGCAAGCCACGCGCACCACAACUGCCCCGCCGCCAGCGACCUCGAAGCAUGAGGUUGCGAACGCAACAAACGCAUUAGGCGCCACAGGUGCAACUGCCACAACAGAAUGCGGCAUCGAUGGCGCCAUGUCUGUGUCGGAGCUGACCACCACCACGCAAGCACCGAAAGACAAUCGCACGCACACACAGGUGGAGACGCAUAAGGAUUUGGCCACCGCAUCGACGGGCAUCAUUGGCAAUCUGGAGCUGCUGCGCCGCCUGAGCGGCAAGCAGUUCCAGAGCUAUACGACAGCAUUGAUAGCCACAGUGGCCGUUGGUUGCUUCCUGCUCAUACUCAAUGUCCUGAUCUUUGCGGGCAUCUAUCAUCAGCGAGAGAAACGGGCACGCGAUGCCAAAACGAAGGAGGAGCUGCAGGAUAGCGACACGAGCAAGAACUCGAGCAUACUGAAGCUGAAUGCUGCAGCAGGCGCUGGCGAUGGCAGCGAUGCCUACACGUUGAGCGGCGGCGUUGUGGACACCAAGGGCGGCAUGGGCAUGGUCUUUGGCGAGUACAGCUGCUACGACGAGAAGACCAAGCAAAUGAAGGAGGACAAGUUGCUCGUGGAGCUGCCACCGCAGCCGCACACAGCACAGACGACACUGCUGAUGGAUAGCUGGGAGGCAUGCUCCACCAGCACGCUGGAUCUGCUCAAGACACGACCAGCGGUACACGGAGCGGCACCCAGCAGCUCGCACAUCGAGAUGGUCAGCUACAGUGCGUUGCCGCUGGCAGCGGUCAUAGAGACCAAUGCGGUGGCCUCUGCGCCGGGCAGCAAACGCGGCUCCUUCCUGGACACCAGCGGUCAGCUGCAGUUCGACUAUGCCGUGCAGUCAUCCGAUCAAAUGUCCUUCAAGGCCAUCGAGGAGGCAGUCAAGGCAGCUGCUGGCGCCGGCAGCGGCGAUUCAGAUAUCAUGCGAGACGAUGAUAUACCAGAGCCGCCGCCGCCACCACGCUCCUUUCUAGCAGCCCAACAGCAGCAGCAGCAACAACAGCAGCAGCAACAGCAGCAGCAGCAAAUGGGAAUCCUGCGUCAGGCGGGCACUGCAGGUGGAGCCAGCAACUCGAGCAGCGGCAAGAAACGUGUACAUAUUCAGGAAAUCUCGGUCUAAACAUGACACUGGCUCUGUCUCCGUCUCUCUCGCUGUCUCUCAACUUAGCUUAUGGAAUUUCAAUUCUAAAGAAAAGUGCUCAAAGUGCUUGAACUUAUUUUACCCCUAUAGACCCAGCCCAACUUGAACUAUACUUUCCAUAUAUCCUUCGCAUACUUUGCCGUAGUUGUAUCUGAUAAAUCUGUUAAGUAUAUGUGUACGUACUUAUUGUCUGUUUGUACAUUAUGUAAAUGUUCCUAAACUAAAUCGGAAUAUGUAGC